GUCCCGGUUCGAUCAGUCGCCACCUUCCUUUCGACCCAGUAGGACACACCAUUCCGCUGCCGGAGUUUCAAGCGCUCACUCCCGGCCGCAUUCCAGUUUAACCCCUCUCCGAAACGCCUUUCUAUUUUGCGUCACCGUCGCCGUUAGUGUUGUUUGAAAGCUUUUGUUUUGUUAUUCGGCGUUGUUCGCAGCCAUUCGCGUAAUACCAAACUAUCUAAUCUAUUACCCCCCGCCGGAACACGCCUAACCGUCCAACAAUAUAAGGAAAUGGCACCUACAAUAAAGAAGGAGAAAGUGGCCAUCAUUGGCAGUGGACUUAUUGGCCGCUCCUGGGCCAUGCUUUUCGCGAGCGUUGGCUAUCAGGUGACAAUUUACGAUAUCGUCCCUGACAUCGUCGCAAAGGCACUGGCCGAAACUAAGAAAGAGCUGAAUAAGUUGGAAAAAGAUGGGCUUAUCCGUGGGACACUAACGGCGGCCGAACAGUUUGGGUGUAUCAAGGGAACGGACAAUCUGAAGGAAGCUAUUUCUGGUGCACUUUACGUGCAGGAGUGCGUACCGGAACGGUUGGACAUGAAGAAAACACUGUACACCGAGGUUGACGGAAUUGUCGGUCCCAACACAAUACUGGCCAGCAGCACUAGCACUUUUAUGCCGUCGCUGUUUAGCGAGGAGCUGAAACACCGCUCACAGGUACUCGUGGCACAUCCCGUCAAUCCACCGUACUACGUGCCGCUCGUCGAGAUCGUUCCGGCACCGUGGACGAACCCAGCAUUCGUUACCAAAGCUCGCGAGCUCAUGACAGAGAUUGGGCAGAAGCCGGUCACGCUAUCACGACAGAUCGAAGGUUUCGCACUGAACCGCAUCCAGUACGCGAUCCUCAACGAAACCUGGCGCCUGGUGGCGGAUGGCAUUCUUAGUGUGAAGGACAUCGAUGUGGUCAUGUCGGAGGGGUUGGGCAUGCGGUACGCUUUCCUGGGCCCGCUGGAAACGGCCCACUUGAACGCGGAAGGCAUGCUGAACUACUGCGAGCGGUACAGCAAAACAAUCUAUGCCGUCAGCCAAACGAUGGGACCUACACCGCACAUGGAAGGCAAAGUGGCGGAGCAGGUGGCGAAGGAGCUGGAGGAGAUGGUGGCGAUCGAGCAGCUACCGGAACGCCGCGCCUGGCGGGACGCAUGUCUGACGAAGUUGGCGCAGCUAAAGAAGGACAUUUAACAAUACUUAACCCUCCGUUGCAUGACAAUACGUGUCAUGUUUUAAGUUUUAAAGCUGAUGACCAGCUGCAUACUGAUUAUGCACAAAUAAAAGGAAAUAAGAAACAUAUAAAAUGAAUCACUUACUAUCUGAUG